AUGGACAAGCUCAAGGACAUAAAGAACGCCGUCUCCGGCAACUCUGGUUCCGGUCAACAGGGCGGGCAGAACUCCCAGCAGGGUGGCGGCAAGAACACCAUGGUGGACUCCGCUGUCGACCAGGAAGCUAGCAAGCAUGGCGUCCCUGCCGGUGCCGACCCGGCCAUCAACAAUGUCGUCAAUGACGGAAUGAAGAAGAUAUGA